GGCACCUGCGCAGAAAGAUGCGUUAAGAUGGAGGUUGCUGGAGUAGACGGCUUUGAGGCGACGGUGGUGUUUCUCUGAGAUGAAAUACAUAACAGUGUUUAUUUCAGGCUGAAGCACGUUGGAGGCUUGAACUUCAGGAUGUUCCUCCCAGGGCAACCAGUGCUCAGGAAAAUGUAGUUCUCCUUCGGCCUGUAAAACAAGACACUUUACAGUCUUCAUUCUUUGUCCUGUAACUGUACCUGAAGAGAGCCCAUGGAGUUGUAGUUGGUGCUGUUCUGCAAUGUCUUUGUCUGAGAAGGAGAAUGAAGAUGGACAAAAUGAACUCGAAGAAAGAAUUCUGCAGGCCAACAAUAGAGAAUUCAACUCUCUUUUUGACUAUCCGGACAAUACCAUCAAGACCUCAAAAUAUAAUUUGUUUAACUUCCUGCCCAUGAACCUGUUUGAACAGUUCCAGAGACUUGCAAAUGCUUAUUUCCUUAUUUUGCUGUUCUUACAGUUGAUUCCUCAGAUCUCUUCCCUGGCAUGGUACACAACUGUGAUACCCCUGAUCGUGGUGCUAUCCAUAACAGGCGUGAAAGAUGCCAUCGAUGAUGUGAAAAGACACCAAAGUGACAAGCAAGUCAACAACCGCUCUGUUUUGGUGCUGGUGAAUGGCAGGGUUCAGGAGGACAAAUGGAUGAAUGUUCAAGUGGGAGACAUAAUAAAACUAGAAAACGAUCACCCUGUCACAGCAGAUAUACUGUUACUCUCUAGCAGUGAGCCCUGCGGUCUGACAUACAUUGAAACAGCAGACCUGGAUGGGGAAACCAACCUGAAAGUGAAGCAGGCCAUCUCGGUUACCAGUGAAAUGGAGGAUAACCUGGAACUGCUGUCUGCCUUUGAUGGAGAAAUUCGAUGCGAGCCUCCCAAUAACAAGUUGGACAAGUUUUCUGGAGUCCUGACCUAUCUGGGGGAAGACUACUUCCUGGGCCAUGACAAGCUACUGCUCCGGGGCUGCAUCAUUAGGAACACGGAUUGGUGCUACGGUUUGGUGAUUUAUACUGGGCCAGACACCAAAUUAAUGCAGAACAGCGGCAAGUCCACCUUCAAACGGACACAUAUAGACCAUCUCAUGAAUGUCCUUGUGGUCUGGAUCUUCCUGGCUUUGGGUGCAAUGUGCCUUCUGCUGUCCAUUGGACAUGGCAUUUGGGAGAGCAACAAAGGCUACUUCUUCCAGGCAUUUCUCCCAUGGCAGCGUUACAUUGCUUCAUCAGCUACAAGUUCUGCCCUGGUUUUCUGGUCCUACUUCAUAGUCCUCAACACCAUGGUUCCCAUUUCCCUCUAUGUCAGUGUUGAAAUAAUAAGACUGGGAAACAGUUACUAUAUCAACUGGGAUCGACACAUGUAUUAUGCACCAAAGAACACCCCAGCACAGGCUCGCACUACCACUCUCAAUGAAGAACUCGGCCAAGUUAAAUACGUGUUCUCUGACAAGACAGGAACUCUGACUGAGAAUGUGAUGAUCUUCAAUAAAUGCUCUAUCAAUGGGAAGACCUACGGUUAUUCCUAUGACGCCAAUGGAAAGUGUGUGCCAGGCUCUCCGAAUGACAAGGUUGACUUCUCCUAUAACCAGCUGGCCGACCCUAAGUUCUCAUUCUAUGAUAACACUUUGGUGGAAGCUGUGAGGAAUGAAGACCACUUUGUGUACCUCUUCUUCCUCUGCCUCUCACUGUGCCACACAGUGAUGUCCGAAGAGAAAGUGGAAGGUGAGCUGGUGUAUCAGGCUCAGUCACCAGAUGAAGGUGCCCUGGUCACUGCUUCUAGGAACUUUGGCUUUGUGUUCUGUUCCCGCACACCUGAGACAAUCACAGUGAUCGAAAUGGGGAAAGUACGAGUUUACCAGCUGCUGGCUAUUUUGGACUUCAGCAAUGAGCGCAAGAGGAUGUCUGUGGUUGUUCGGACACCUGAAGAUCGGGUCAUGUUGUUUUGCAAGGGAGCAGACACCAUCAUCUAUGAGCUCCUUCAUCCCUCCUGUGCAUCCCUUAGUGAUGUGACCAUGGAUCACUUAGAUGAUUUUGCCAGUGAAGGCCUUCGCACCCUCAUGGUAGCUUACCGAGAAUUGGAUAAUGCAUUUUUCCAGACGUGGAUUAAAAAGCACAGUGAAGCCCGCCUGACUUUAGAGGAUCGAGAAAGAAAAUUAACUCUGGUCUAUGAAGAAGUUGAAAGCGACUUAAUGUUACUAGGGGCCACAGCCAUAGAAGACAAGCUUCAGAGCGGAGUACCUCAGACAAUUGUCACCCUGAACAAAGCCAAAGUCAAAGUGUGGGUUCUAACUGGCGACAAGCAAGAGACUGCUGUGAACAUCGCCUACGCCUGUAGGAUAUUCAAGGAUGAAAUGGAUGGGGUGUUCACGGUGGAAGGCACAGACAGGGAAAGUGUUCUGCAAGAACUCAGGAGUGCAAGGAACAAGAUGAAACCUGAGUCUCUACUGGAAUCAGAUCCCAUAAACAUUUGUCUUACCAGGAAACCCAAAAUGCCUAUAAGAGUACUUGACGAGAUACCCAAUGGCGACUAUGGCUUGGUCAUCAGUGGCUACAGUCUGGCCUAUGCUCUAGAAGGGAACAUGGAGUUGGAGCUACUGCGAACAGCAUGCAUGUGCAAGGCGGUAAUCUGCUGCCGGAUGACCCCCCUUCAGAAGGCCCAAGUGGUAGACCUGGUGAAGAGGUACAAGAAGGUGGUGACACUGGCCAUCGGGGAUGGGGCCAAUGACAUCGGCAUGAUCAAAGCUGCCCACAUUGGGGUUGGCAUCAGCGGCCAUGAAGGGAUGCAGGCCAUACUCAGCAGUGACUUCUCCUUCGCCCAGUUCCACCAUCUUCAGCGUCUCCUCAUGGUCCAUGGCCGCUGGUCUUACAAUCGCAUGUGCAAGUUCCUCAGCUACUUCUUUUACAAAAACUUCGCCUUUACACUGGUGCACUUCUGGUAUGCCUUCUUCAACGGGUUUUCUGCACAGACAGUGUAUGAUACUUGGUUUAUCACCUGCUACAAUCUGGUCUACACUUCCCUCCCUGUGCUCGGCUUGAGUCUGUUUGAAAAGGAUGUGAAUGAAACAUGGAGUCUGUGUUACCCAGAGCUGUAUGAGCCAGGACAGCACAACCUGUAUUUCAACAAGAAGGAAUUUAUGAAGUGUUUGAUGCAUGGCAUCUACAGUUCCUUCGUGCUCUUCUUUGUCCCCAUGGGGACCAUCUUCAACUCAGAACGCAGUGAUGGAAAAGACAUCUCUGACUUCCAGUCCUUCUCCUUGAUAGUGCAGACCACCUUGAUCUGGGUGAUGACGAUGCAGAUCGCCCUGAGGACAAACACCUGGACGACGAUAAGCCAUGCCUUCACCUGGGGUAGCCUGGGUCUCUACUUCUGCGUCUUGUUCUUCCUGUAUAGUGAUGGCUUGUGUCUGAUGUUCCCCAGCACCUUCCAGUUCCUAGGUGUGGCCAGGAACAACCUUAACCAGCCACAGCUGUGGCUGUGUCUGAUCCUCAGCACGGUCCUUUGUAUGAUUCCUGUGAUCGGCUACAGCUUCCUGAAACCGAUACUCUGUCCUGUCAAUGUGGACAAGGUUUUGAACAGGAUUCAUUUUUGCUUGAAACAUCCGCUGCCACCCACGGUCAAGACCAAAGCAAAACACCCAGGCCUUCGACGUUCUGCCUAUGCGUUCUCCCACAAACAGGGCUUUGGGGACCUCAUCACAUCUGGCAAGACACUGAAGUCCAAGGCCUUCAAAACAAACAAGAAGUUCCUGUAAAAAGCAGAGGCCCUUAGGAAAACCCUCGAUCAGUCAAUAAUUGCUCUUCCUCCCUUUAAUUUAUGCAACUUAGUAAAAAGGGAUGAGGGUCUUGAGAAACAGCAUCAACCUACCCCCAGGCCUUCAGCUUCCUCAUCCCCCAGAAAGCUGUACCCUGGAAAGGCAAGGGAAGACACAACAGCCCCAGAUAUCAGCCAGAGUUACAGCAUUUCAAGAAAAAGCAAGUUCACGCCUCCCAUCCUGCCUUCCACACUGUCAUCCAGACAAGCAGAUGUGGGAGAGAUGAAGCGGGGCAAUA